UAUAUUUCUAGAAACUCAAGUAAGAGUUGUAGGUAGGAUCCAGAAGCAGGCGCUGUAAUUCUACCCCGCAGUCUCGCACACCCCUAUUUCAUCCGGCACAGUGGUACGGUCCAGACUCUGCCUCAUUCCCUAUGGAGUUGUUGCUGAGGAGCUUUCAGACUUCAGGGCUGAGAGAGAAGGAGAAGGAGAGAGAGCGAAGUGAAGCGGGCGGUGACAUGGCGCUUGGAGAGACUGUCCGUUAUCUCAGGAAUAAACCAGAACAACCGGGAACGCAAUUUACACUCCUUCUUCUUCUUGCCUUCGCAUGUGGUGUGUGUGGCAGCCAGGUGGUGGUGCCUCCCAAGGUGAGCGGCGUGCUGGGGAAGAACGUGACUCUGAGCUGCAGGGUUGAGGUGGACGACAAUCUGAGCCUGACGCAGAGCUCAUGGGAGAGGCGCCUGCCGUCCGGCUGGGUCACGGUGGCCGUGUACAACCCCAUGUUCGGCAUCUCCAUCCAGCCCGAGUACGAGCGCCGCCUGUCUUUCCGCGCACCCUCCACCAGCGAUGCCACCAUCGUGCUGGAGGAUGUGGGUUUCUCAGAUGCCGGUGACUACAUCUGCAAGGCGUCGACUUUUCCUCUGGGCAUCGCACAAGCCUCCAUCACCCUCAGCGUCCUCGUGGAGCCGAAGGUGUACAUAUCCGCCGGUUCUGCGGCUCUUUUAGACGGAGGAAACCGGACCACCGUAGCUACGUGCAUUGCCGAGCGUGCCCGUCCCAAGGCCGAAGUCAUCUGGGAGUCGCAGCUGUACGGCACGUCGGAGACGCACACGCAGGAAGACGGAAAUGGCACCACAACCACGCAGGUGCACUACAUCUGGGAGCCCACACGUGACGCCCAGGGCGACGCCCUCACCUGUGUGGUGAGACACCCGGCCCUGCCGAGUGAAUUCAGGAUGCCUUACAACAUCAACGUGCAGUUUGCACCGGACAUCCUGCUGCUGGGCUACGAUGGGGACUGGUAUGUGGGGCGGGAGAACGUCCAGCUUAAGUGUCAAGUCAAAGCUAACCCUCCAGCCCACCUCUUCAGAUGGAUCAGGCUGGACGGUGAAAUGCCAGACGGCGUAGCGGUGGUGAAUAAUUCCCUGACGUUCCUGAGGCCACUACAGAGGAACGACUCCGGUGUGUACAGGUGCGAGGUGGGAAAUAACAUCGGCCUGCGCACCCGUGACCUCAGGAUCCGUAUCCAAGAUCCUCCUUCCACCACCACUAUGCCUCCCACCACCCCUGUGCUCCUUCCUAACGCCGACAUCUCUGUCACAGCGCCUGGCAAUAAGCAGCCGGCCCUCUUCACCUCCCCGACCCUGGCGCCGCUGCACGAAGGCAACCUGGGCACCAUUGUGGGCGGGGCGGUAGGCGGAGCCCUUUUCCUGUUGCUGUUUCUGGUGCUCGUUGGAGUUUGCUACCAGCGGCGACGACGCACCUUUCGUGGAGACUACUACACCAAGCAGUACCUGGGUCCUUCAGACAUGCAGAAAGCACCGCCGCCACCAUCACACGAGCUUCACAUCUACAACGAGGCGGACAGGGCCAGUCCCGACACCAAGCUCAAAUCGUGCCACGACGUCAACGGCACCAUCCUCUCUGACAAAGACCGGGAGGAGUGGGGUGGCUUUGAGCGGGAAAGAUCCCCGAACAGCCGCAGUCGAGCUUUGCGAGAGGCCAACGCCCAGCAAAACCUCCAGAACCAUCAGAACCACAAUCAGCAGCAGGGCUACCAACCUAACCACCACCCAACGCCCCAGCCCAACCACCAACCAAACCACCAGAGCUUCCUCAACACCCCUCACAAGCACAGGAGCUCACUCCCGCCUGAGUCCCGCAGAUACCCUGGCCCUCAGGUGAUGGGAAACGGCUCCCCCUUCUUGCCGGAGGACUGCUAUGACAGUGACUACGUGUCACACACAGAUGGCUCCAUGAUCUCCCGCCGAGAAUGGUACGUCUAACCAGGGCGGCGCUGCAGAAAAAGACUGCUUACAACCUUAUACAGAAGACGUCAAACUUGCAAAAGAAUAUGAUGGUAGAAAUAGAAUAUGUACUGUAGGGGAAAAAAAAAAAAAAAGAUGAAUACAAAAGCACCUUUUGCACCUUUUUUUUUUCUUUUUUUUUCUUCUCUUUUCUUUUUUUUUUUCCCCUCACGCUUCUACUGUCUUGAUUGAUCUAAAGGAUACACGAGUAACCAAAAGAGAAAAGUACACCCUGAAUUACCUAUUUAUUUGUAACACCUACCUUUUUUCUCUGCAUUUUAUCAGGUCCACUUACCCUACAGUCAAAAACGAACCGUAUCAAGCACUCUAAAGAGUUCUUUGUUGUUGGGUAUUACACGGAGAGAGAUUAACAGAGUUUCACCUAGCACGAAAAGAUUUAAGGAGCCCUUUAUCCUAAUAGGCAUGGAUACUGAGUGUAGCCCAUCUAUAGCCGUCGUCUAAUUUCGGUCUCCCUUUCCCAGUCUGUCAGCGGAAAGAGUCCACCAUAGGACCACCACUGACCAAAUAUUAUUUAGGUUGUGGACUUUUGUGAACUACAGUAACCUUGCUAGGGUUUCUAUCUGAUCAGUGGUAGUCUUAUGGUGAUGAUUGAUUGAUUGAUUGAUUGGGGGAUGAUCAGCUCCAGUCAGUAAGUUUACACCUACGAUGUGACCUGUAUGGAAGGUGAAACUGAUCAACUGGCCAGUUUUUGCAAAUACAGGUAGAGUUGGCUUUUAAACUGGCAACCUUUUUCAUAUAUAAAUAUGCUCAGCGGUCCCUGAUUGAAGUUACGAUUUCUAUGUUAAUACCUGAAAUUAUCCUAUGUUAAUUGCAGUGAGGCAGGGCUGUACACAAUCUCUAUAUCUGUCUCUCCCCAUCUCCCUUUUAUUUUAUUUUUAUUAUUAUUAUUAUUAUUAUUUUUUUUUUUUUUACAGGUGUUUAGGACAGUGCUGACGUGUUGAAAUAGUGAACUUUGAGUAAUAUCGUAGUUCUAAUAGAAACAGAAAUUAGCUCUUGUCAACAGUCUGCCAUCUGGUGUGGUUACCAUGGCAACGCUUCAAUGUCCGUCUCCUCAGGCGUUAAAAUGGAGUGAGCUGUGUUAACCGUGCUAGACAGGGGGGGACUUGUCUCAAACGAACACACACACGCCUACAUAGAGCGCACGCGGCUGCAGUGUAUUUACCAAAACCGGUUUUCAGAUGUACGUUUUGUUCAUCGCGGCCAUUUGUUAGACACCGCCCAGUGAUGUUGCUUAUCGAUGUUUAUCGCCAUGACCCUCAGUUCGGAUUACGGUAGUUCCUAUGAAAUCUGUUCUUUUAGUGCCUUUCUUCGUAUGUUGAACCUGAUCUCCUCAGUUAGGAUGUUUUGUUUUCUGGAACAACUUGAUUGGAACUCUCUUUCCAUUCACUGUCCUCCGUUUUUAUCAGUCAGAGAAAACCCUCCCUCUUCUUCCACUCCUGAGCCACCACCUUGACAGGAAAGUGGUUGGUCCACUCCAUUUUUCAGUUCAUAAAUGUAGGUUAAAAAAAAAAAAAAAAAAAUUCACACUUGGCUGAAGGUGACCAUUUAAAUAUUUAAGAAGUACUCGUCGUAGAUGAGUAAAUACAUAGACCCUAAAAUAAAGGUCUUUUAAUAAUUGUAUUUAAUCUACACCGUGACCAACGUUUACGAAACGAUGCGUUAUUUGGCGUCAAGAUCAUGGACUUCCAAACCUUCAGUUCUUUCGUUGAGUCAGUAGACCUAAAUAAAUAAAUAAAUAAAUAAAAGUAAACAUGCAGCCAAGAAAGCUCGGUUUUGCUAAGUUCCUGAUCAUUUAUUUGUUCUUUUUGAGGAUGGUACGGCACGUUGUCUGUCAGUCCAUAGUCAGCCCCCGAUUUGUACACGGUGGUGUUUUUGUUUUUAACUUUGGCGAGUCUCUCCUUGGUGAUGGUCGUGUGAGUAAACCCUCAGCAGAUCUCAAUUUCAUCACGUCUAUUUGCACAACGUUGACUGCGAUCAAGCCCGAAGUGUCUGUUUUGAGGUUAAAAUGCAUGACUGACAUCAAAUGUGGUCAGCGUUUCAAUAUUUGUCACCUAAUAAGCAAAGUUUUCUGUCGUCCUUCUCUGUACCGACGCCGACGAAUACGUCUGGAGGGGGGCUCUUCAAGAUGGCGGCUCAGGACGGCGAUGAAUCGAGAGUAGUGGGAGCUCACUGAUGACGAAACAUGGCUGUGAUUGGCUAAAAAGAAUGUUGAUCCUACUUGAAUGCUUGUGCAAUGUGUGUAAAUACACGUGAUUGGUGUUAAACCUCCACAGUAUAUUUAAUGGCUCGGUUCUCGGUUCUAGCAGUGCAACAGUGUUCGAAAGUUUGAGAUUCCUAGCAUCUCAGCCCCGCGUUCGUCGUUAUUUUUGGCUGAUAUGAAUUUUGUUGACUAGGUCAAACGGAGUAAUAAUUAUUAGUUGUGUGUGUCACGACUGUGUCCAGGUCAGGGAGAUGAGCGCAGUGCCUUAUUGUGAAGAUGUAGUUUAUUACAGUGGCAUUCUGAAGGCUUGUUAUUGUAAUGAUCUCUCUCUCUGUGAAUGUAUGAGUAUCUGUUUCUGAGUGUUGAGUGAAAAGACCAGUGCAGGUGCGCUGGUGAGCGUCCUGUAUGGUCCUGGACUUCUCUCCAGUUCUUCCAUUUGCCUUUGCCACUUUAGAAAACCUUUGUCUAUUUGUGCCAUUACUUGUCUUGUUUGUUUGUUUGUUUGUUUUUGUUUUUGUUUUUUCCUGAAUAGUCAGACAAUAGCAUAUUUUGCUCACCGAAAUGACAUUUGUAACGCUUGAGUUGCAAUGCAGAAAGAAAGAAAGGAAAAAAAAAAAAAAAAAAUUUGGAAAUUUUGUUGAAGGGUGAUCUCUAAUAAUAAUUAGUAUGUUUGUAGUUGAUGAGGUAAAGGUUGUGCAAAUAAAUAAGAGUCGUUCAUUCUGUAUAUAUGUUUCCUCUCCUGUGUAAAGACGUGAUGAUGGAGGACACCAGAGCACACCUACCACUUCACUGUGUAUGAUAAGUGUUCAGGCUUUACUGAGUUUUCUCGACCACUUGCGCUCCUCUCCACCAGUUUUUUUUUUUUUGUUUUCUUUUUCUACAGAGGAGAUGCUGUUUAAAAAGAAUUGUCAUGAAUAAAAUACAGAAGAGCUGUAUGGAAGGAGCAUUGUUUUGUUAAAUAAAUAAAUAAAUAAAUUUAAAAAAUUCAUGUUUGGGAUAGGUUUUGUUUUGAAAUAAAGCACUUUUUUUUUUUUU